GGGCCGCGGCCCGGGAUUGCCUUGCACAUGGGGCAGCCGCUCCGAGUCCCCGGGACGCCCCCUCUCCCCGCCUCCCGCCGCCGGGACGUGCGUUAGGGAGCAGCUCCUGGUGAGGACGGGCUGUCCCUGAGAUGAGCCGCCCAUAGCUGGGGCCGGCCCUGCUGCCAGGCCUCCCUGCCCCGCGGCCAUGAGCUCUCUGCCAUCCUAACAGGAAGAUUCUCUGGCGCUGGGUGAGUGGUUUUCAUCCCCAGAACUCGUAUUGCAUGUGACAGCGGAGCCAGUCGCCGCCUCGCAGCCUCGGGCCCGUGGUGGGGGCCUCCACAAUGGCGGCCAAGCAGCCCCCACCGCUGAUGAAGAAGCACAGCCAGACUGACCUGGUGAGCAGGCUGAAGACACGCAAGAUCCUGGGCGUGGGCGGCGAGGACGACGAUGGUGAGGUGCAUCGCUCCAAGAUUAGCCAAGUGCUGGGCAAUGAAAUCAAGUUUGCUGUCCGGGAGCCGCUGGGGCUCAGGGUCUGGCAGCUGGUCUCCGCCGUCAUGUUUUCCGGGGUUGCCAUCAUGGCCCUCGCUUUCCCUGACCAGCUCUACGAUGCCGUUUUCAAUGAGGAAGCGGUGAGCAGCAAGACUCCCAUCCGGCUGUAUGGAGGAGCCCUCCUCAGCAUCUCGCUCAUCAUGUGGAACGCUCUCUACACGGCUGAGAAGGUCAUUAUCCGCUGGACACUGCUGACAGAGGCCUGCUACUUCACCGUGCAGUUCCUGGUUACCACCAUGUCUCUGUUGGAGAGCAGCCGGAUAGCCACGGGUGCUGUGCUGCUCCUGGGCAGCCGAGCCCUCUUCGUCCUCAUCAGCAUUUAUUAUUACUACCAAGUUGGACGCCGUCCCAAGAAAGUCUAAUUCCUGGGCUUUUUGUCUCGGGCAGGGGGGUGGGGUGGGGGGUGUUGUGUUGGUAAUUUUGCAUUAGGACUUUCUCUUUUUUCCUCUUCUUUUUUUUUUUGUUCUAAAGUAGUUUCCUUCCUUUCCACCUACUGGCAUGAGUGGGUGUGCAGCCCGGUGCUGGGUGAAACGGGGCAGCUGCCUCCUGUGCCCCCCCCUCGGUGGGAGGUGACAGGCUGGGGGCUGCACGUGGGCCCAGCAGGCUCAGGGAAAAGGGCUGGUUCCCCAGGGAGAGAGGGACUGGCUGAUGGGACCACAACACACUCUGAACCCCCUGGAACAAAGCACAAAGACAGACCGGCACGUGGAAAACGAGUCCCCAAGGAGCUGGGGCAGGAAGAUGAGCAACAAGGGGCUCAGCUGCUCCCCCUGGUAAGCCCUGUGCUGCCAGGGGGGGCUGUGCCCUCGUGGGCAGCCCCUGCCCCCGUCUGGGGAGCCAGGGCUUGCUUGUGGCAGCUCUCCUGCCUCACUGCCAGCUCCUUCCUGCUCUUACCCCUUGCUGGGUGCUGUGUGCAGCUUGGCAGGAGGCAGAGCUAAAGGAGAGGGGGAGCUGUGCUUGUUCCAGCACUGGGAUCAGGAUGCAGCUUGAACUACAGCCAUGGGAGAUGCAAAGGAAGCUGUUGGAAAUACCCCACUGAGCACAACCCUCUCCCCCAGCUUGGGAUGUUUCGGGAAGGUUCCAGGCUGGGGCCCUGGUACCUUCGCCCCAGACGCUUCCUUCAGCUGCAGCUUUACUGAUGGUGGCAGCAGUGGGAGGGUCUGAUGCUUUAGUUAAGCAGGGGCUGUUGUGGUCAGCAGUAGGCAGAGCAGAGCAAGCAUCAGCAGAACUGCUGGGCUGAGUGAGCAGCCUCGAGAGAUGAGCCCCAGCUUGGGAGGUGCUGCUCAGGCUCUGCCAACCUGCAGCAUCCCAUCUCAUCUGACCUUGAGAAGAGAGGACCAAAGUUUGUAGCAUUAAGAUACUUCAGUGAGACAGCAAAGAGCGUAGCAGAUGAAGGCUUCAUUGCCUUCCCCAGCUCAGGAGAGGAUGGACUGAAUGUACUUUUAGUACUUGCUGGCUAGUGUCUUGGCUUCCCAGCAUCAGCUGCCCUACUUCCCAGCGCUUCCCUUGCAGCUCAUCCCUGCCCAUAGCUGGAGAUGGCGUUUGUUGUUCUCCAUGGGACUCAAGCCAGCAGGUCUGUGUAUGGGAUGUGGACCUCUGCCUCACCCAGGCUGGUGACUGGAUCAAAGCAUGUCCUGGAGCAGAGCUGAUGCCCCACAACCCCUGUGGGAAGAUGCUUCCACCAGCAGAAGGGCACGUGUGAACACCAGCCCUGAGCCACUGGUGGGACUGGGAUCUGUGGAUAUUGCUGUCGAGUACUGUAGAGUUAGAAGGUGGUAGUGGGUAGUCACUGUGUGUUGUGUUAGUGCUUUUGGCAUUUAGGAGCAGCUGCAUGACCUUGGGACACUGGGUGCAUCGUGCCCACUGGCCAUGCAGGAUGGCUGUUGGGUAGGAAGACUGGAAAUAGUGGCACCAGGAAACAUCCCAACUGUAACUUAACUGGUUUAUUUUUUUCCUAAGUAAAUCAAAGGGAGAGGCCACAUCCAGCAGCAGGCUGAGUUCUGGAGCCUCCCAGCAACACAAGCUGCCCAGCUGCUGUCACAGGAUCUCAGAAUGAUGGGGGCUGGAAGGGCCCUUCAGAGCUCAUCCAGCCCAAGCCCCUGCUAGAGCAGGUUCCCUUCCAUCAGGGGCACAGGAAUGUGUCCAGGUGUGUUUGGAAACCUCCUGAGAAGGAGCCUCCACACCCUCCCUGGGCAGCCUGUGCCAGGGCUCCCUCACCUCAGCACCAAAGGAGUUUCUCCUUGUGUUCAAGUGGAACUUUUUGUGUUCCAGAUUUUGUCCAUCACCCCUUGUCCUGUCACUGGGGACUACAGAAAAAAGUGUCACCCCAUCCUCCUGACAAACACCCUUUAGGUAUUUGUGUUGAGAUUCCCCCCUCAGCCUUCUCUUCUCUAGGCUGAGCAGCCCCAGGUCCUGCAGCCUUUCCUCAUAAGAUGCCUCAGUCCCCUGAUCACCUUGGUAGCGCUGUGCUGGCCUCUCUCUCUGUCAACAUGUUCAAAAUAGAACACUGAGCAACUAAAGUUUACAUUUAAGAGGAACCCUCCUCUUCUGGUGGAAGAGUUGGGCACCAAGAGGGAAACUCUUCCCCUUGAGGCAGGGAAUGAUGGAAGGGAGCUGUUGCUGGUAGAGGUAUGUGAACCUCUAGUCUCUGUUUUGGAGGUUACAGGGAUGGAUGGAUGGAUGGAUACACUGACUGAUGGCUGGUCUGGAGGGGGUGGGGUGGGGAAUUAUGUUUGUAGGAAAAAAGAAUCAGUAAAACUGACCAGAGCAAAAGCAGUCUUGCAGAGGAAGGAAGGGGAGGAUCCUACUGCUGGCCUCCCAUCUGUGCUGGCCAAGGGUCACAGGCAGCCUAGGUCUGUAGAGGGCUGUGUGGUUGCUGUACCUUAAAACAUCACCCAGCAGGUGAGAAAAAUGACUUAUUGAUGGUUAAAUUGGGCAGGAGAGUGGGGGAAGCAGUCACAGCUUUUUAAAGGGGCUUUAAGUCAGGUUACUCUGGUUCUCUGCUUAGCAGCUGCCUCUGCAAAACAACACUGAACUAGUUCUGCCAGUCCAUGUCUAAUGCUCCAACACAGAGCAAAGCCUGGGGAAGUGCCUAUGUAAGAUCUUAUGGUACCUACCACCUGGUCCUGAAAGGGGAGAGAUGAAGUUGUUUUAUUUUCACGCUUCUUGCUCUAAGUGGACUAUGUACAAAGUAUGUGAGUGGGGCUCUCCACCUCUUCUACAACUGGCAACAGGCAAAUGGAUGCCUCUGCCUGGCAACAGCCACAAUAAGGCUGUGGUGCCUGGUGUGGCCUCUGCUCAUCAGCAAGCUGCUGCAUGGGAAACGUGGCCAGGCCUACCUGAGGAGGUGAAUUUGUAGCAGGUGAGGUUUAGGAGGAAGUUUCUCAGGGUGGCUUGAGGAUGGAGCCCAGGCACAGCAUCUGCAGCACUGCCAGAAACCAAGCUGCAAGUGACAGGAGAGGAAACAGGCUCAGGUUGCUCCAGGGGAGGUUUAGAUUGGAGCUGAGGUAGAACUUUUCACCUGAGAGGGUUGUCGGCCCCUGUCCCAGGCUGCCCAGGGAGGUGGGGGAGUCCCCAUCUCUGGAGCUAUUGCAAAGCUGAGGUGCUGAGGGCCAGGGGUUAGUGGUGGGCUUGGCACUAUGAGGGACUGGACUCAAUGAGCUUAAAGGUCUUUCACAACAGAAAUGAUUCUGUGUUUGUCAACUCUUGUGAAUGGGGGAAAGGGAGGUGGGUGCUGAACGGUUUGUCCACAGCUGUACAGUCCCUCAGGAGCUGACAACCCAGCUGGAGCUGGCACUCGAGGAUACAAUUUGGGAUGAAAAGCCUGAAGCAUCACAUCUGGCUCUGCCACUGAUCUGCUGAGAACAACUGUCUCUGCAGCCUCAGUUUCCUUGCCUGUGAAAUAGAGAGGCCGGGGAGUGACAACAUCCCUGAGGGACUCUGCAGCGGCUUCCCUGCACUUGCAUGAUGCAGGGCAGGGUUGGAAUCCUGCUCAUUGCAGGCCAGGACUGAGCCUGACCCCCUGUCCUGGGGGAGAUGGACCCAAACCCUUGCCUUCAUCCAGCUCUGGCUUCUGAGGGUGACGCUCAUCAUCCACCUAACUCCCUCCAUCGCCUUAUUUACAUCCAACCACAUCUGGCAAACGGGAGCUGCCCUCAACUGGCCUCUCCUCUGGGGUGAGGGAUUUUUACUGGGGGGAAUGUGGGGAGGGGCAGGGGAGAAUGGGACACUUGGGAGUUUAUACCUCAUUUUAGCUGCUGUACCUGAGUUCAUUCUCUCUCCUCUGGUAAGAAAGUGACUGUACUUAACACCACCAAGCAAACAGUGAAAAUUAAAGCUGUUUCACUUCACGGUCACAA